AUGGUGGCUCACCUCACCUGCCUAUAUAACCAUGUGCCCAGGCCCAGCUCACCUGAGCUAGCCACCCAUCUCAAUCUCAUCAUCACCACCUUCACCGGACAGGGAGAGAGAGGUGUUUGGAUUGGAUCGGUUGCGGUGGAGAUGUGGUCGUGGCUCAGCUCCGGGGCGGCGUGGUUCGUCUUCUUGAACGUCAUCGUCGGCGCCAUCGCCGUCAUGUCGUGGCUGGGGGGCCAUGGCGCGGCGGCGACGGCGACGGGGACGCCGUCGUCCGCGCGGCGGAAGCAGCUGGAGCGCACCGCGUCGACUGUUGUGAUGGAGAGGCUCCGGUCCGUCGCCAACUUCCCCUUCCAGUACCUCUCCGGCGACUACGGCGUCACGCCGCUUCACGGCGAGGUGUCCGGGACGGAUUGCUUCUACUGCCCGCGAGAAGCAGAGGAGGUGGUCGCGCAGACGACCAGUGUGGUGGCGGUGCAGACUGCGGCGCCGGUCAAGCCGGAACCGCCGGCGCCAGUGAGAGAGUGUCUGCCGGAGACGACAACGUCCAUGGCGAUGGCACCACCGAGCGCGCCUGCAACAGCGGCGGCGGAGGCACAGGCGGAAGCGGAACCAGAGGAGGAAGACGCAGAAGCAGAGGACUCCAUAAGCUUGGACGAGGCGUACGCGCUGGCGCAGCAGGCGCGCGCCCCGCGUUCCGCAGCCACGUCCUCACCCAAUCCGGCGACGGCGGCGGCGGCGGGGAAGAAGAGGGAGCCGGCCAAGGUGACGGGCGCCAAGCCGCGGCGGGCACGAGAAGAGGUGGUGGAAGCGAAGGCGGAGGUGAACGCACGGGCCGAUCGUUUCAUCCAGCAGUUCAGGGCGGACCUGAAGCUGCAGCGGAUCAACUCCAUCAUCAACUACACCAACGCGCUGCGCCGUCGCGGCGGCAGCGCAGCGCCGGCGCCGGAGCCGGAGCCGACACGGUAGCCGCCGCGUCGCUUCAGCUCGACGUUCCGGUUGCUUUGCUUGUUUAGGUAGAGAAUUUGUUUGUAGAUUGAUCAACGCCACAAACGCACGGUGACAAUUUUGGAUUAUUUACUCAUGGCCGAUUGUUCAUAGAAACAUAAUUGGGAGAAUAGGAACGAGACACGGCGAGCAGAAAACAAGAUUAACAGCAAACUCUUAACACCCCCGCAGGCCGCAUUGACAACCUAGGCGUAACGUUUGACUGGAGCGAAACUUAGAGCAAGUUAAAUAGUAUAGGCAACUGCUGGUUAUAAAUUGUCUAUCUCUGACUUAAUAGUCAAUUCAUGCAAUAGUUAUAUAUAUUACAUAAUUAAUAUU